GAAAAGUGACUUUUUCUUGCUCUGUUUCUACUUUUCUAGUCUGUGCACUACUUAUAGAUUUUCUGCGAGUCCCUUUUUUGCUGUUUUUGAGGUCUCUUUCGCCGUCUUUCUUAUUCGGCCGCGCCCCUGCCGACUGCAGAGACCAUAAUAUCCCUAUCUCUUCACUAUAAAUAUAAAAUCAACUGCAUUUAAGUCGCCUUUUAAAUCAGUUGUAGUUUCAGAAAUACUUAUUGAGCUAACAUUAAAAUCUGUCAAUUCUUGAGAUGGAGCAAUCUUCGGAACUUGUUUUCUUUCCCUCUUGCUCUGCUUUCUCAGUACUCUAAAUUGAAUUGUUGUAGUAGAAGUAGUACUGCUCUGUUUUUGUUUUCACUUUGAGGAGACAAAACAUAAAGAAUAAUAGCUCAAAAGAGGAGUCUUUUUAUUGUUUUUUGUUAUUUUACAAGAGAUCUAUCUGAGUUCAACAAAGAGACAUCUCAAAACAAGAUCUGCCUGUAUUGAGACCACUUUUCUUUAAAAUUAAAAUGUAUCCCGAGAAGCAAGCGGAGGAAGCUAUUGUCUCAAACUUCAAUGGAACUGAUCAUGAUAAUGGGGAGGAAGUUGAGAAAUUUGGCGGAGAAGAAGAACAGUCCAUUUUCAGUGUCAAAAGCCUCCUCUGGCAUGGUGGCUCUGUUUGGGAUGCUUGGUUCAGCUGUGCUUCUAAUCAGGUUGCUCAAGUGCUGUUGACACUUCCUUAUUCAUUUUCUCAACUUGGUAUGGUAUCUGGCAUAGUGUUUCAAGUGUUCUAUGGUCUUGUUGGGAGUUGGACUGCAUACCUCAUCAGUGUUCUCUAUAUAGAGUAUAGAAGCAGAAAAGAGAAAGAAGGUGUUAACUUUAAAAAUCAUGUCAUACAGUGGUUUGAAGUGCUUGAUGGACUAUUGGGUCCUUACUGGAAAGCAGCAGGGCUUGCCUUCAACUGUACGUUCCUUCUGUUUGGAUCUGUCAUACAACUAAUUGCUUGCGCAAGUAACAUAUAUUACAUCAAUGACCAUUUAGACAAGAGGACAUGGACAUACAUAUUUGGUGCUUGCUGUGCCACAACAGUUUUCAUUCCAUCUUUCCAUAACUAUCGGAUUUGGUCUUUCCUUGGCCUUGGGAUGACCACUUAUACAGCAUGGUACUUAACUAUUGCUGCUGUCUUUCAUGGCCAGGUUGAAAAUGUACAACACUCUGCUCCAGCAAAGCUUGUGCUGUAUUUCACUGGCGCAACCAAUAUUCUUUACACCUUUGGUGGACAUGCUGUUACUGUGGAAAUUAUGCAUGCAAUGUGGAAACCCCAGAAAUUCAAAUACAUUUACCUAAUAGCCACACUUUACGUUUUCACCUUAACCAUUCCAUCAGCUACAGCAGUCUACUGGGCAUUCGGUGACCAACUUCUAAACCAUAGUAACGCAUUUUCGCUUCUGCCCAAAGACGGAUGGCGCGAUGCUGCAGUUAUAUUGAUGCUUAUUCACCAGUUUAUUACGUUUGGGUUCGCGUGUACGCCGUUGUAUUUUGUGUGGGAGAAAGUGAUAGGUAUGCACGACACUAAAAGCAUAUGCUUAAGGGCACUUGUUAGGUUGCCUGUGGUGAUACCUAUAUGGUUUUUGGCUAUUAUAUUUCCAUUCUUUGGGCCUAUUAACUCUGCUGUUGGGGCUCUUUUGGUUAGUUUCACUGUCUACAUCAUCCCAGCUCUUGCUCAUAUGCUCACUUAUAGAAAAGCCUCUGCUCGACAGAAUGCGGCAGAGAAACCACCAUCCUUCAUGCCAAGCUGGACUAUAAUGUAUGCUAUUAACAUAUUUAUAGUGGGCUGGGUUUUUGUUGUUGGGUUUGGGUUUGGUGGAUGGGCCAGUAUGAGCAAUUUCAUCAAACAAGUUGAUACAUUUGGCCUUUUUGCAAAGUGUUACCAAUGUAAACCUCCAGCGGGCCAGCCACCACAUCCGGCGCCUCAGGCCACCGUACACCACUAGGAAUGCUGACUUGGAUCCGCCACGCCAAUAUGUCGGCGAAGUCAACGGUCAAACUCUUCUUCGAAUAUUUUUGUAUGUAAAAACAAAAUGUGCUGUGUGUUAAAUCUUUCAUCUUCUUUUGCUAAUGUUUCGAUUUUUUCUUAUAUGAUUUUAGAUAAGAUAACGUGUCGAAUUACUGGUUAAUUUGC